GCUCUCGGAGGAGAGAGGAGGGCAGGCAGACUCGGCGCAGCAUCCCGCCUCACAACAUGGAUUUGCUGUUCAGAACCAGCUGCGGAAUGAUUACAGGACUUUCUCUGCUUCUCUGGUUCGUCCGCGCGUCGUCCAGCAAAGAGGGCUGCGACAGUCCAUUGGUGUCCAAUCUGCCCCAGUCUGCCUUCAAAAGCUCAUCCCAGUUAUCCAACAGCCACGACCCGGGCUAUGCAAAACUCAACAGGAGAGAUGGGGCUGGCGGCUGGUCUCCACUAGAUUCAAACAAGUAUCAGUGGCUGGAGAUCAAUCUGGAGGAGCGGACAGAGAUCACUGCCGUGGCCACUCAGGGCAGGUACGGCAGCUCUGACUGGGUGACCAGCUACCUCCUCAUGUUCAGUGACACGGGCCACAACUGGAGGCAGUAUCGGCAGGAGGACAGCAUUGGGGCUUUCUCUGGGAACACCAAUGCUGACAGUGUGGUGACGUACAAGCUGCAGCAGCCAGUGUUCACUCAGUACCUCCGCGUGUUGCCUUUGGAUUGGAACCCCAAUGGAAGAGUGGGGUUAAGACUGGAGGUCUACGGCUGCCAAUACAAAUCCGAUGUGGCCAGUUUUGAUGGAGCCAGCUACUUGCUCUUCAGGUCCGAUCCAGCCCCCAGCCUGUCAGCCAAAGAUCUGCUUACCAUGAACUUCAAAAGCCUCCACCACUCUGGAAUACUGGUUCAUAUGGAAGGCCAACAUGGGCACACACUCACUUUGGAGUUGCUCAAAGGGAAACUCUUCCUACAUUUUAGGAAAGGAAGAAGCGCAUCAGGCGAUUUUCACACCACGGUGUCACUGGGCAGUCUGCUGGAUGACCAACACUGGCACCACAUUAGCAUCGAGCGGCUUCGCGGACACGUCAACUUCACGGUGGACAAAAAUACACAGCGGCUGCAGCUCCCCGAGCACCAGAGUCACUUUGAGAUUAACGAGAUCAGUUUCGGUGGCGUGUCGGCUGUGGGGGCUCAUUCCAGAGGGAACUUCCACGGCUGUCUGGAGAACGUGCUGUACAACGCCGUUAACGUGAUUGAGCAGGCCAAGGAGAAGCAAGUCUCUGUAAUGGGGAACAUAACGUUCAUAUGCUCCGAGGCUGUUGAUGUGCCGGUGACCUUUGCCAGUCCGGAGAGCUUCUUGCGGCUGCCUUGGGCCGUGUCACGAGACAGCGUGUCAGUCAGCCUGCAGUUUCGGACAUGGAACAAGGUGGGCCUGUUGAUGACCUUUGAUCUCCAGCAUCAGGCGGGAGCGCUGUGGCUUUACCUGAGUGAGGCCAAGACGCGGCUGCAGAUCCACAAGGCCGGGAGGGUCAUGGUGGACAUCACAGCAGGCUCGGGGCUGAAUGAUGGACAGUGGCAUUCUGUGGAACUGAGCGUUCGGCGAGGUCGCCUUGUCCUGGCUGUGGACAAAGCAGAUGCCUCAACAACCACCACAUCCUUUCCAGUGAUGCCGGGGCAUCAUAUCUUUUUAGGAGGAUGUCCAAACACAGAAGACGGCAGUGGAUGCAGGAACCCCUUCAACGUUUUCCAAGGAUGCAUGCGGCUCAUCCAUUUGGAAAGCAACUUAGUGGAUCUGAUCAAGGUGCAACAGAUGCUGGUCGGAAACUUCAGCGACCUCCAAAUGGACAUGUGCGGAAUCGUAGACAGGUGCUCUCCAAGCCACUGUGAGCAUGGAGGAAAAUGCACACAGUCAUGGAGCACUUUCCACUGCAACUGCUCCAACACCGGCUACAGCGGAGCGACGUGCCACAGCUCCAUCUACGAGCCGUCGUGUGAAGCAUACAAGCACAGAGGGAACACUUCAGGGUACUACUACGUAGACAUGGAUGGAAGCGGACCCAUCAAGCCCCAGCUAAUCUACUGCAACAUGUCAGAUAAAGCGUGGAUGGUGAUCCAACACAAUAACACGGAGCUCACCAAAUUAAGAACAUCCUCAGGGACGAAUCAGCAUUUAGCCUACUUUAACUAUUCCGCCGACACCGAGCAGCUCGGGGCUAUAAUUAGCCAAGCUGAGCACUGCGAGCAGGAACUCUCCUACCACUGCAAAAAGUCACGCCUCUUAAAUACACCAGAGGGGGCUCCGUUCACCUGGUGGGUGGGCCGGUCAGGGGAAGCCCACACUUACUGGGGAGGGGCAAGGCCAGGCAGCCAGCAGUGUGCAUGCGGCUUGCAGGAGGAUUGUGUGGACCCAGAGCAUUUCUGCAACUGCGAUGGAGACCUCGACAGCUGGGCGAAUGACUCAGGCGUCAUCUCUCAUAAGGAGCAUUUGCCCAUUAGACUUUUAGCUGUGGGUGACAUCAACAGGCCAGGCUCAGAAGCGGCAUAUAGAGUGGGUCCCCUACAGUGCUAUGGUGACAAUGAUUUCUGGAAUGCAGCCUACUUCAAUAAGGAAACCUCCUACCUCCACUUCCCCACGUUCCACGGUGAGCUGAGCGCUGACAUCUCCUUUCUAUUCAAGACCAGCUCGUCCUCCGGUGUCUUCCUGGAAAACCUGGGAAUCAAAGAUUUCAUUCGGAUCGAACUGAGUUCACCAACUGAAGUAGUCUUUUCAUUCGACGUGGGAAAUGGGCCCUUUGAAGUGCGUGUGGAGACAACAGAGCCUCUGAAUGACGAGCGCUGGCACCGCGUAAAGGCCGAGCGUAAUGUGAAAGAAGCCUCCCUCCACGUAGACCACUUUCCUGGAGUGGUGCAGAAGGCCCCUGCUGAUGGUCACAUUCACCUGCAGCUCAACAGCCAACUGUUUGUAGGAGGAACUGCCUCGAGGCAGAAGGGCUUCCUGGGGUGCAUCCGCUCACUAAAGCUGAACGGGAAGACUCUGGAUCUGGAGGAGAGGGCGAAGAUUACCCCUGGGGUGCAGCCAGGCUGCCCGGGGCACUGCAGCAGUUACGGUGGACUGUGCCAGAACCGGGGCCGCUGCGUAGAGAAGUAUAAUGGCUUUGCGUGCGACUGUGGCUCCUCGCCAUACUCCGGGACCUUCUGCCACAAAGAGGUCUCUGCGCACUUCAGACCCGGCACCUCAGUUGCCUACACCUUCAAGGAGCCGUACGAGUUGAACAGGAAUGCCAGCGCACAGUCUUCCUCCAUCUACUCGGAUCUCACGCUGAAAGGGGAGAACAUCUCGCUCAGCUUCCGCACCAGCCAGGCGCCAGCGCUGCUCCUCUACGUCAGCUCCUACUACAGAGAGUACCUCGGCAUCCUCCUGAACAGAAACGGGCAACUGGAUGUGAAGUACAAAUUGCAGAACAACAGAGAUGCGGAGGUGUUCCGAUCGAGCGCGAGGAACCUGGCCAACGGGCAACUGCACCGAGUGUCCAUCAGAAGAGUCUCAGAGAGCCUUGGUGUUCAGAUUGACCAGCACACAAGGGAAGACUUCAACCUAACAUCAGAUGUUGAUUUCAACGCCAUCAAAGCUGUCAUUAUUGGGAAAGUGCAUGAAUCGGGCGAGAUGGAUCCAGAGAUAGCCCGGCUGAAUUCUCUGGGCUUCACAGGUUGCCUGUCAGUUGUCCAGUUUAACUCCAUAGCUCCUUUGAAGGCAGCGCUACUAUAUCCAGACACCAGUCCUGUCAUUGUCACAGGUCCACUGACGGAAUCCAACUGUGGAUCCUCAUCAUCAUCCAGCCCCUACGCAGCAGAGACCACCCACUCACUCUCCGAUCAUUUCGGUACCGUAGGUACAGGCGAGCCAGUAGUCAAUGCAAUCAGCAGUGACUCAGCUUUGAUUGGAGGCGUAAUCGCAGUCGUGAUAUUCGUGAUCCUGGCUGCUCUGGCUGUGAUGGCAAGAUUCCUCUACAGACGAAAAGAGACUUGUCAAACACAGCAGCCUAAAGGAACCAAACCAGAGGACAGUCCCGAAACUCCCUUCAACACUGACCCCCACUCGCAGAGCAUAAUCAGUGACACCCAAAAAGAGUACUUCAUAUGAUGACGCCCUCCUCCAACACCUAUUUACCCAAACUUUGGACUAAUCCAGCAAAGCAGAGGACAGAAAUGCCUUGCCAAGCCUAGACAUUAACAUUCAUGGGGCGUUAUGCAGAGGAAAAAACCCUCAGAAACUGUCACCGGUUGCUGGAUCAGGACAUGAAGAGGAAGAACAAGCUGUCCCUCCUGUUUUUUUUGUACAUAGGCUUAAAGGUCCAAAAACAAUUGGCUCAGAUAGUAUUGUUUCUAAGGUGUGUAUAAUGAUCAUCAACUGUAAAUAUUCUUUUGAAAUGUACAUGUUGAAAUAAUAUCUUUGUAAUGGUUACCUUCUUAUUUUGCCUUUUAAAAGACGUUCUUCAGUAUUACAUUUAAUGAAAAGAUCCGUCGACUUACAUCUAGAACCGAAAGACUUAAAUACGUCGUAUAACUUGGCUGAAAUAAAUGUCUGAAGUGGUAACUGGAAUGUAUGUGAAAUAAUGGCAUUUGUGUUGUAUACAUGAGAUUUUUACACUAAUGAACACAUGCAGAACGGUACAAUGGCGGUUUAAGUCUUUCCUGUUUUUAAGUGGAUGAAAGCACUCAAAACAUCAAAAACAAACCUUGUGUAGAUGUGCUCAUCUCCUGUGUUUUGGUAGUUCCUGAAUUGGAAGGGGUUUGGCGCUGUUCGCUCAGCCGGCUCUGCCCUCGUUUCUUUUGCCCACUCGUAGUUUCCAUUAGACGGAAGGGAGGUAUGUCUCAGCAAACAUUCUAAGUGCUCCUCAGCGCUUUCUCUGCAUUUCCUGGACAAAAAUAAAUUGUAAUUGCUUCUUAAUGCCAUCAAAUACCAGCACAAACCACCUGCAAAGAGCACAGCUUAGAAGAAAAAAAAAAACAUGAUGCUAAACGUCUCAGUGAUUGUUAGCUUCACUCUGCACAAAUGGAUUUUUCCUUUUUUCUCAGUUUUUAUGUUAAUCCUAUGAAAAUACACUACUUAUCCAUCUGCCAGUUUGUGCAUAAUUCCCCAGAUAAAAUAGUGCUAGGAUGCUAAUCUGAACGCUGACAGCGACGUGAUGAAUAACAAGCCAUCAAGAUAGUAUUGAAAAUAUCACCACAUCCCAGCAUCUUCAUUCUUCUAUCUUGCUGUCAAUCCAAAAUGCACUGGAUGCUCAAAUGCUUAAUGCAGCCUCUACAGACAUAUACAAAAAUGGCCAUAGCUUACUAGGUUGUUUAGGAGGAAUAGUAUCACACUGUCACAGGCAAACCUCUUCGGGUUACACAUUUCAUUGACUGCUAGCUUCAUUUGCUAACUCUUUCCUGGACCUGGUUUCUGGACCAAUUUCUGGAAGUUUCAAGUAUGAAUCUGCUUUACUCUUCUGUCUGCUCGAGUAAAUAAGAGAGGCAAAGUUAAGCACAAGAAAUACACAGCCUGUGGCCUAAUUCAUUAUUAGCAUUACGGUGCUGUUCUGACUGUGAAAGAUUCUAGCAUUUAGCAUUACGCUACCCAACACCACAACACUCACUGCUAUCCAAAUGGCCUUGGAUGUUUGACUACUCAUUUAUGUGGCUGCCAAUCAGAUAAUACGGUUCUUUAUAUUCCAUUCUCCCAAAGCACAUGAAAUAUACAUGACUCCAUUAAGCUCUCUGAACGAGAGUCAUAAGUUUGCUGAACACUCGUUUUCAUUUUGAAAGGCCACUGAGGCGAACGACAACAAACCAACCGCAAAGUUAUUUUUUCGAGAUCCUUUGGAAAGUCCUGUACACUCUGUUUCACUCUGGAUAUUUCAGUGUAUGGUGAUGUAUGGCUGUUUGUAAUGAUUGUAUUGUUACAGCUUGGUUGGUGAUAAGGUGGUACUGAAUGUCUCUGAAUGGAAAAAUAACGACUCAAGUGAGCUACACAAAGGUCCGUGGAACCAAGAGCAGUUCUGCUCAUAUUUGUGUUUCUAAUUGUGUGAUUAGAAUAAAGCUUCUAUCCAAAAAUAGAAAUACUAUUAAAAACCGACUUGGGUGUGUGUUUAUGAAGAGGGUAAAGGUAAAGCUUUUCAUAAAGCAAACCACAACACAUCGCUGUUGUAUUAAAACUUUGUCAGGGAGGGUGAGGCACAACCUAACACAUUUUGUUUCAUAGCAAACUGUGGAGCAAGAUAAAUCAAUGAGUGGGUUUACAUGCACUUAAUAAUCCGAUAACUGCCAAAAAUCUGAUUUUGUUGGGAAUCCAAAUCAACAUGUUUAUAUGCACUUGUCAGAUAAGGGGGAAAGGGGUUUACAUGAGUCAUGCAGUAAUCAGAUUUCUGCUUUGCAACCAGCCAAUAAACUCACAGAAGAAGAUGUGACGUAAAGGUAAUGUGAACCUCAAACUACAUCCAUUUAAAAACAUUGUGCCACACUGCCUGAAAAUAUGAAUAUACAUCAUCUAGAAGAUGAAGAAUAUUUAAAUCCUUCGUUUCGUCAAGCAUGUAGUUGGCUGACAACACUGCUUGCCUUUUUCUGGUACUGUUGUCUGUUGUCACACAUGCACAGAACUGAGAAUGUGAAAGAAAUCAGAGUAAGAGUCUACCUGCACUGAGAAAUCUGAUUACUGAGCUAAAGUCCAGCUCUUUAUCGGAUUUCUUAAUUAGAUUUCUAGACCUUACUCUGAUAUAAGAAGACAAGGUAUGCUGUUUACAUGACCAUUUGAGUAAUCAGAUAACGUCAGAAAUCAGAUUAUGUUCAGAUUAUUGGGUGCAUGUAAAUGUAUUCAUUGUUUAUACACUAAACUUACUACAAAUAGAAAUGUAAACUCUGUUUCAGGCAACGUUUGUGAACAAUUGCAAAUAUUACAGCCCCAGUUGAGAUUACCUGUAACAGACUGAGGGGGUAGCCUCUGAAAAGUCUAGUAAGUCAGUGCAAGCACAGUAAAUGUCAGUACAGUUUCAUGCUGUUUGAACUGAUUAAGCUUUCCAACCUAAAUACAUAAAAUACAUCUUAAAGCAAAUAUGAUUAGUGAAAAGUAGCUGUGCUGAAUAGCAAAUUAAAUUUUAAUCUAAAAACAGGGAUUUAAUUUUAUUCUGAUGACAUCUGUAGUACACUGUUGAUGAGUCUGUGAAUAAUACAGUUUAAAAAAUGACCCGUUUUGAAUUCCUUCAGGUUAUCAUUGUGUUCUUUACUAGCUCUUACUGAAGAAUUGUUAAUGGUUAAUGGUUUAAAGCAAAUGUUACAGGCACCAAUAGAGGGAUUAAAAUAAUCUGUGUAAAUAACCAAGAGAAAUGAUACAAAAUUACUUGGAUACCAUUGAAUUACACUAACUACAUUGAUGUGAAGAUUCUAAUGUUACCUUAACAUCUCCUCUAAAGUUAUGAUUUCAGAAGUACAAGGUUUUGUUACGACAGCGAUACUCUAUUACCUUUACAUUACAUUGGAACUGUACGGAGGCAAAAAAAGGUGCCAGCACUACUCAUCCUGUAAUCAUCAGGCGCCAAAUUUUCCCACUCUAAAUGUCUCUAUGGGCCGGUUUCCCGGACACAGAUUAGGCAUCGUAGGGGAAUCGCGGUGUAAUCCAGAAAGGAAGGAGGCCUAAUCUGUUUGGGAAGUGAGCCCAUUUCAAUAACUGUGGUACUUCAUGUUGUGUCCAACUACUACACACAAGAAGGAAACCCUAAGCAUUGCAUUCAGGUUUGAAUCCCAGUUGUGCCGUGCACAGUCUGGGCCCAUUCUUCUUUUAGAGCACAACUGGCCAGUUGGCAGUGGUAUAACACGUCUAAUUGAGCAUCAACAAGGACACAACAAUGUUCUGUCUCAAAAACUUCUCCAUUUGGUGUUGGGAACUUUAUGAAGUGAUACAGCUGUGAUAAACUUAUUGAGUAAGUAUAGUGUGAGUGAGAGGUGAGCUGUGGGUGACUGAUAUUGAUCUUGUACAGUGUUGAGGCUCUUCAUAUACCCGGGUUGUUUAUAACUGAUACUGUCAUGUUCAAAUCUGGAAAUAAAUCAAUGAACUUAAA